UAUACUCCGUACUAAUGCCCUCUUCCCUUUAGCUUCCCGCUGUUUCCUCUCCUCUUGUCUCUCUCUUCAAUCCCAACUUCCCUCUCCUCUCAAUUUCUGCUCCUUUACUCUCACGCAUAUACAAAUUUUAUAUUUGUAUUUAUUAUUAUGUGCGUUUUGUGUUCUAGUCCAGGUAAAAGAAGAAAACCCUAGCUCUGGAAAACCCUAACUUUCUUUUUUUGGUACCCAAAGUUGCAAUUUUUGAGGUUUAAUUUGGGGGUUUGGCUCACCUUUUGUCGAAUUGUCAAAUUCUCGGGGGAUAUGGAAGGAAUUCCGCAGCCGAUAUCCAGGACUGUGGAGGAUGUGUUCAACGAUUUCAAAGGCCGUAGGGCUGGCUUAGUUAAAGCGCUCACCACUGACGUUGAAAAGUUCUAUCAGCAGUGUGAUCCUGAAAAGGAGAACUUGUGUCUAUAUGGGCUUCCGAAUGAGACAUGGGAAGUCAACCUCCCGGUGGAAGAGGUCCCUCCUGAACUUCCUGAGCCAGCAUUGGGCAUAAACUUUGCUAGGGAUGGAAUGCAAGACAAGGAUUGGCUCUCACUUGUAGCUGUUCACAGUGAUUCUUGGUUGCUUUCUGUUGCAUUCUACUUUGGUGCACGCUUCGGGUUUGGCAAGAGUGAAAGGAAGAGGCUUUUCCAAAUGAUAAACGAGCUACCAACAGUAUUUGAAGUUGUAACAGGAGCAGCAAAGCAGGUUAGGGAUGCUGAUAACAAUAGCAACCGGAAAAGUAAAUCAAGCGGAAAGUCCCGGCAGCCGGAGACCCACCACAAGGAAGCAAAGUUGUCUCAGCCAAAAGAGGAGGACGGGGAGAGCGGGGAAGAGGAAGAAGAAGAAGAGGAACAAGGGGCAACACUGUGCGGAGCUUGCGGUGACAAUUACGCGAACGAUGAAUUCUGGAUUUGCUGCGAUGUGUGCGAGAGAUGGUUCCAUGGUAAAUGCGUGAAGAUUACGCCCGCAAAAGCGGAGCAUAUCAAGCAGUACAAGUGCCCUAGUUGCAGCAACAAGAGAGCUAGAGCUUAAAGUCUGGAAAUGGAGAGUUGAAGCUGUAGAACUUUCAGCAUAACUUGACAAAGUAAAAACAAGUGAAGCUAAGUUAAAAUGUAUGUGCUGAUUGGUUGUCAACUUUAGUUGCGUUUGCUUUUCACUUUGUCUAGACUAAGUUAAGUUGAAUAAUCCUUUUUAACUUUAAUUUGUGGUUACCCCCGUGUGAUUGAAAACGCCAGUCUUUCUUCAAACUUACUUUAUUGUGGACCUUGCCUUAA